CAGAGAACAUACGCAAAUACAUGAUAACCUAACCCUCGUCAUUGACAUGCUCCAGCUCACUACUUUCAGGUUAGCCAGCUAUCGAGCCCAUCGGCUUGCUGCAUUCAAUAGCUCCGUAGUUUGCUACAGAUCUGCACGAGCUUUGAACUCUUGGACCACGUCAUGUGGUCCGCAGAAGCAGCGGCCACAACUCACUGCCCGGAGUAGACAUCUUUCAACAUCACCUUCAACAGCAGACGAUGCUGCGUUGUCGACAAAAGCACCCUCUUCUGGAGAUAGCCAAGCUGAGCCGGUUACUUACCAUGGUCCACUUACACAGACAUUCCGUCGUCUCAAAAUUUUCUCCCUGACAUCCUUGGGUCUGUCAUGUAUCAUGACCCCAUUCAUCUUCAUCGUCGAAUCAUCGCUUCCUCUAUCUGCUCGAAUCGUUCUAGCCAUGACCGCACUUUCCACAAGUUCUAUCUCGACCGCCCUCGUUGGGUGGUCCGGCGCAUCCUACGUCAUCGACCUGCAAAGGGUUUCGCCAGUCGACAAUGGCGGUAUCGAAGGCAUCGAGAUGACCACGCUUACGCUCACGCUGAAAAAGCUCGUCACGCGCGUGUACGACGCUGACUUCUUAGUAGACACGAAGCGACCAUUUGCAAAGUGGGCGCUCGCGCAAAGUGUCCUACUGCCACCUCCAAAAGAGGACGCACUCAUGGCGGUGAAAGGUGGCGCACCGGGCGAGGAAGAAACGAUAGCGGAAACCUUCAAUGCUGCGGGCGAGAUUGUGGGACGGUGGAUUGUGAAAUGGGAAAAUGAUGGUGCAGGAACAUGUCGUGGAACAGGAAAGGUCGUGCGAUACUUUAAUGUGCACGAAGAGCUGCUGUGACAGCUGUGCAUCUAGGUUAUUGCUUCGAGUAAGCAGGAUUUUUGUCGUUACUCUAGUGACCACCGUCAUUUUUACGGAGUAACCACAAAAAUUAUGCGCA